AUGGUCGGGUCUAUCACUACCGCUGUACUGCUUGGACUUCUCCCUCUUGCCAUUGCGGCUCCUAUGAAAACAACGGGCAGUUCCAACCCAACACAAGUCAUCUCUGUCGACUUUGCCGAUCCUGAUCUCCUACAAGUUGGCACUCAAUGGUGGGCUUUCGCUAGCAACAACCACAAAACCAUCGCCAAAGUUGGCGGUAGCUUGAUCAAUGUACAAGUCGCUCACUCUCCCGACUUUAACUCAUGGUCGGUGACUGGAUCCGAUGCCUUACCUACAGUCGGUGCUUGGGUUGAUCCAAACGCUGGUAACCAAGGUGCAGCGGUCUGGGCACCGAGCGUCAGCAAGAACAAGAAUGGUCAAUAUAUCAUGACUUAUUCUGCUGCUGUAAAAGGAAGUCCCGGCAAGCACUGCGUUGGUGCUGCCGCGGCUACUCAACCUCAAGGCCCCUAUACGCCGCAAGCCACUCCUCUUGUCUGUCCGCUUGAUCAGGGCGGCGCCAUCGACUCGGACAACUUCAUGGAUGUUGAUGGAACUCAGUAUGUUGUUUACAAGAUCGACGGUAACUCGAUCGGUCACGGAGGCGUCUGUGGAAAUACUGUCGCUCCAAUCGUCAACACACCCAUCAUGCUCCAAAAGCUAGCAGACGACGGUGUUACUCCUGUUGGCAGCCCUGUCAAGCUUCUGGACCGUGGUGAUCUUGACGGUCCUCUUAUUGAGGCACCUUCUCUCAUGCGUACCUCCAACGGCAAAUACGUGCUGUUCUUCAGCAGCAACUGCUUUGCAACUUCGAAAUACGACGUUACUUAUGCAUUCGCCGACAACAUCAACGGACCCUACGUCAAGGCCGGUCCCAUGAUGGUGACUGGCACCGACAACUUGUACUCACCUGGCGGUCAAUCAGUGGCCGCCGAUGGAAAGCACAUGAUGUUCCAUGCCGGCGAUGUCGGUCCUGCGAACAUGGGGUGGAGAGCUGCAUACACACAGAUCGUCACUGUCGACACUGCCCGCCAUGUUGUAUCGUCCUAG